CAAUGACACAACUUUUGAAACUGUUACCGGUCCUCAACUAGAUUCUUUAUCUCUUUAUCAUGACUCGUUACCAAUUUUUAAACUUCCAUUUCCUCCAAUCAUCAAUGCUUCUGAUUUCUUGACAAAUUCUAAACGGUCAUCACGAGGUGGUACCUUAAGAAGUCCAAAUGCUUUUUUAAUUUAUAGAAAAGCUUUCUUAGACCAUCUUGUUCGUCAUUCAAAAUGUAAUCUUAGAAUGACCGAUGUAUCAAAAUUGGUUAGUGUUCAUUGGAAUUCGGAAGAUGAACAUGUGAAAUUAGCAUAUAAAAAAAUUGCUCAAGAUGUGGAAAAGGAAUUAAUCAAAAGUCGAAAGAAAGAUUUAUCCAAAACUCGCGUUAUUUGGAAAGAUUUUAAAACUUCUGUACGUAAGCAUAAUAAACAAAAUAACAAAUUUAAAAAAUCUUUGACAGAAAAGAUCAAAGUUACAAAGGAUAAUAUUGUUCCAUCUAUUAUGAUGAACAAUCUAAACUACCAAGAAUUUGUUCCGGAAAAUCUGGUCUACACUUCACCGACUGUAGAGUCAACUAAUUGGAUUUGGUCAAUACCUGAAGAAUUUACUCCUUCUCCAGAUUCUUCUCCUAGUAGUUCAGUCAUGGCUACACCAACAAUCCCGUUCCAAUCCGUAGUGGUAGAAGAUUCAUCACCAGAAAUCAAUUAUAAUUAUAAUGGUGAUUACGUGUUCAAUUCGGAAUUUUCGUAUUUCACAAACGCCAACGAUCUUCUUUCCGAAAAUAUUCUUUUACACG